GUAGCUCCAACACGACGCACUCAGGACGCAGCGACUACCGAUGGACUCAUUGAUGAUCCACACAAUCGAUAAUUAUUAAUUAUUAACGCCAGGUGGUCUUUUUAACACCACUUGUGGACGUUUUCUUUGUUAUUCCUACAGAAGGUCAUUUCGUCUCUCCGUGCGUAACUGGACUCACUGCUUUGCGUCGGAUGGUCCGUUACAAGUUCUCUGUUCCGUUUUAGUAUUUAAAAAUGUUUAUUUAAGACGUUUAGUAACACUUUUUAAUAGUUACUUGUAGCACUCGGAUUUCAAAACAAAAUAUUUAAUUCUCCACAACGGAAGUGAAGUGAGCGUCGUGGACUGUCUGCUGUCGUGUUCCAAACAUGGAGGAUGUAAGAAGUCCAUAACCACUAGUUGGACCUCCUUCUUCUCCUUCUUCUUCUCCUUCUUAAUGUCGACAUGUUUGCUGGACUGCUGGGCCUGAAAUGUCACCGCAACUCUCCGCACCGUCACAGGGAAGGAGUCGUAGAAGGUGGCAUGGCCUCAGGGACAGCUGGCAGCUUCAGCCGUAAGAGGCUCCACCGGAGGUACAUGAGAGAGGAGCAGUGCAGGCCACAAACCACUACUGAUGAUCAGGAAGACGAGGAUGAUGUUGACACUUGCAUGAGUGAAUGUCAAACUGAUGCGAUGAGUCUAUCACCUGCUGGCAGAAUAUCCCCAAUCAACCUUCUACCAAAUGAUGACAUUCCUUUUCCCUCCACUAACUGCAGUACCCUCAAUGGUGCUUCCAAUCACUGCAGGGAACUCAUGUUAAAGCCAGACCCAGUCCUACUUCAUUCAGCUCAGGCCAGACUGGCUACCCCAGAAGACUCUUUCAACUCCAGCUUCAGUUUUAUUCAGCAGUCUCUCUCUACACCAGCACGAGAUUCUGGAUCCCCUCAAGCCACAAAAGUGCCUCAUUUGUCUCAUAUUAAACCAGCAUCUUUGGAUCAGCCUGAGUCAAAGCAGUCACCCCUGAUCACCUCGACCUCUGUCCCUGGCAGCCAUGAAGACAGGACGACCAUCUCACUAUUAGGUGGAAGGUUUUGGGGUGAACGUGUGUGGGGCAGCAGGGAUGUGGAUGGUGACUUUCAGUGUACGGAUACAGAAGUCACCUCGUCACUGUCACUGGACUCAGACACGGCCUCUGCAUCCUCGGUCACCUCGGGAUACGAGAGCGCCACACCCGCUUCCGACCAAGGCUGGGACAAUUUGGUGAAGAAGUAUGACCGCGUGCUGCAAGACUGCCUGCAAAGCAACCGGACACACACUAAGAUCGAGUCUAUGAUGUUAAAGCUCCACAGACUCCAGCAGAAAGCCAUCAUUGAAGAUGAUUACGAUGCAGCUGAGCGAUUUGGGAAAAAGCUGGAGGAGCUGUGCAGGGAGCGAAGCGCUCUGAAGUUGGGUUUACCUUCCAGGCAGCCCAGUGUGGCCCUGUUUCUGGAGAGGCUCAGACAGGUGGUGCAGAGCGCCCUCCAGAGGACAGACACCUGUAAGCGCAGGUCGAGUGCAGAACUUGAUGCAGGGGAGCGGUCGGAUUCAAGCUGUAGAGAUCGUCUCAUCCAAGAGAAACGGGAAGUAGAGGACGAAACAAAAGAGCUGCAGCAGAGGCUGAUGGAGCUAAAGGAUCGCAGUCGAUGUCUGGAGCAACAGAUCCAGCGGGAGGAGCAGCAGAUGGAAGCUGAAGAGCUGGAGGGCUCUGUGCUGAGGAGCUGCACCGUCGCUCAGCUCCGAGACAUGAACCGAACCCUUCAGGACCUUGUGACUUCUGAGAACCGCACACAAAUAGCCGUCUCUCCUCCGCCCUCAAUGCUCAGACUCCAAGAACAAGAGCAGGCAUUGACUCUAUCCAUCAAGGAAGCUACAGCCAAAGUGGUCAUGAGUCAGAAGCUGGGCAGCAGUCUGAGGAGGAAAGUCAGCGAGGUUGAAACACAGCUCUUAGCUCUGCAUGAAGCCAAACUGGCUGCCAUCUCAGGUAAUGACUUCAGCAGUGCCAAGGAGCUGAAGGCUGAAAUUAAAGCGAUGUACCAGGAGCAAGAGAGACUGGAGGUUCUGGCCAAGAGGCUGCACAGUCUAAGCUCAGGAAGCAGCCAGGAGCUGGCCAGGAUGAAGGAGCAGCGGCAGCAGCUCAGACAGGAGCUGGAGCAGAGGGAGGCGCAGCAUGAAAGCAAGUUGAAAGAAAACACCGGAAAGUAUAUUGAGCUGUUGGAGGACAGGUUGCACAGCUGUAGCUGUCCGGGCUUGGAGCGGAUUUGGGAAGCCGACCUGGAGGCGUGUCACUUGUUCUUACGCGGCCUGCAGUUGCAGACAUCCAGCUACAGUGGAGCGGACUUCGAGGACCACCUCGCCACCGCUGGUUAUCCGUCAAAUCAAGUGUGCUCCAAAGAGGAAGAAGACAGCGCCAUGUUGACUGCUUUAGGAGGCCGCUGGUGUCCCGAGGCCAAUUUACAGAACUCUGAGUUCACCAAGAAACUGGAAGAGUUUUUGUUCAGCAUGGAGGAUAUUAACCCACAGCAGGACGUGUCCAGUGAUGAUGAAGCAGCAGACCUGGCAGAGCGCUGUGAGCUGAUCGGUGACAGACUAAUGACCUUGGAGGAUGACUUACAGACGGCCAUACUGAACCGGGAUCAGGCCCUGACUGAGUCGCUGGAGAGACAAGUUCAGGAAGUUAAAGCCACUUUACAAAACAUGCUCGUCCUGCUCAAAGAGGAAGUCAAAGAGGACUCCAACGAAGACGACCCUGUAGAAAAUGGGAUUUUUGAGGAGGACGAGGAGGAGGACCAGUACUUCAGUGACAGCUGGGACAUUUGAAGCCUGUUGUGUUUUAUGAGCACUCACACUCCUGACCUCCACUCUCCAGUGGAAGUGACCCUUCUUCCACUUACUGCAAAGCAUCAGGCCAAGCUUUUUACAAGCGGCCCCCCGUGGAACUGUUCAAAGUCUCCAGUUGUUCAAACAAGGGUUUAAAACACAGGAGAUACAGUAAGUGCCUUCAGGUCUUUCUUGCUACGUUUGUCAGUUAAGUUCAAUCAAUCUACGAAAGUCAGUAUUAUCCUCCUGAGAGCCAGCGUUGGAUUUCGUGGAACAGUUUUCUGCUCAGUGGCCUUGUGGUUAGAGUGUCCGCCCUGAGAUAGGUAGGUUGUGAUUUCAAACCCUGGCCGAGUCAUACCAAAGACUAUAAAAAUGGGACCUAUUACCUCCCUGCUUGGCACUCAGCAUCAAGGGUUGGAAUUGGGGGUUAAAUCACCAAAAUGAUUCCUGAGCGCGGCCAACGCUGCUGCUCACUGCUCCCCUCACCUCCCAGGGGGUGGAACAAGGGGAUGGGUCAAAUGCAGAGGCUAAUUUCACCACACCUAGUGUGUGUGUGACUAUCAGUGGUACUUUAACUUUAACAGAGCUAUUUUUUUUUAACUCUGACAAAAGAAAUGGACCAACUUCAAGUCCACUGCAAAUGACGCUGGUUCUCAGGAAGUUAUGUCAACAAUUAUACUAACAAAGCUCAGUGACCAAAACAGAAAAUGUACACUGAACCCCAAAAUGAGCACAACAUUUUUCUUUGACUUUUUGUGGGACCAAAAAUAACAUUUUACUAGGGAUGCACAAUUAUUUUUUUCUCAAGCCGAUACCGAUAUUAAUAACCCGCUUCUCUAUACCAAUAACUUAUUUAUACUGUGGAACCUCGAUUCACAAACUUACUUGAUUCUUUAACAUGGUUCGUAAACUGAAGUUUGUACAGUGAAGCAGAGUUCCCCAAAGGAAUCAACGUGAACAUGAGUAAUUUGUCCUAGCCUGGACAAAAGUCCCUAUUUUAAUAAAAAAAACUGAAUACUCUGAAGACACUUCAUGUAUAAAUAUACUAUACAUAAUUAUCAAACCAACAUAAGGUGGCUGUAAUUAAGGUCCGAUGUGGCAUCUUUUUCGGUCUCAUCACAAUUAAAGACUCACUGUGGAACAAAUUCCCCCUUCGCUGAUAAAAUCCUCGAACUGAAGGUUCCGCAAGCCGGAGGCUAUCUAGUUCAAACGCUAGCUCAAAGCAGUUGCCAAGCAACUCAAAGCUAUACAGCCAGACUGAGAGUUUGGACACGUUCAAAGCGUUUCUGAUCACACAAAGUGAUCUCUCAGACAGGCUGACACAGCUCUGACCGCCGCAAGGUACGACAAUUGUGGGAGUAAGCAGGUCAGAAGUGUCGCUUGCCGACAAAGCUCUUGGAAAUGGCCGCGCCCUUGUGUACAGGAUGUAAACAGGAUGUGAGGUAGGGCCUCCUUAAAGGGGAACAUUAUCACAAUUUCAGAAUUGUUAAAACCAUUAAAAAUCAGUUCCCAGUGGCUUAUUAUAUUUUUCGAAGUUUUUUUCAAAAUU